AUGGGCGUAUUGAAUUAUUGUCUGCCUGAGAAAGAUUCAAUCACAAUAUCCGAUGACAAGUUGAUCAAUGUAAUAAAGCGUGAACUAGCUCGUCUACUUGGAUUUCAUCCUUCAAUUUUUGGGUCGGAAAAGUUGAUGUCAGCGAAAAUUCCGCCUUUUAUGGGCGUAUUGAAUUAUUGUCUGCCUGAGAAAGAUUCAAUCACAAUAUCCGAUGACAAGUUGAUCAAUGUAAUAAAGCGUGAACUAGCUCGUCUACUUGUAAGUUCUUUUCAGUUUAUGAAAUAUGGUCGCCGUACAUUGACGUACAGAUAA